GUCAGAUACUAUCACUAGUCGAAAUCAGCGAUCUGGUGAAUCUUUGGGAAGUUUCCAAGGACUUUCAAGUUAUGAUUGAAAAAUACUGCAACAGUAGUCUAUGUUCUCAGUUAUUGCAGUUUUACGACCCACAUAAUCACGAACUACACUCAGCAUUCAGUUUUAGAUUCACCGUUACGUUGUACAAACAUGCUGGAAGUCUAUUUCGUAGAAUUUAUCAAUAUCAACCGCUUUGCCGUAAACUCCAGUUUUUGGAGUGUAAUUUACGUAGACAUAUGCCGAAUCUAGAAAAAUUUUCCAGUACUAGUAAAAAUCUACAGGAACCAGACUAUUAUCCGAGCACCUGCCCCAUCGGUCCUUUAAAAUGUUUGGCUUUACUUUUGUAUGGCGUUUUCUUGAAAGAGUUUAUCUUUGGGUGGCCAGAGCAAAAUAUUCAGCGUGUUUUUCACACUCUUGUGCAUGUAUGCUUUAAUGAGAACUUCUGGUUUCGCCUAUCAAGUUUGAUCUGUCAAAGACCAGGUGUAGAUCCUCAAUCUGAACUGACACUUCGCCUUUUCCUGAGGAAAACGUUUUUAGACCCUAAUGCGUUACCACAAAUGUAUGAUGAGAUCAACUCAUCAUCGUCAUUCAUUUCCAAUACUAAGCAAUGUUUAUCAUCGGAUAACUGUUCCUUAACUAUUCAAUAUGACACACUUCAAAAUCUACAUCCAGCUGAAGCCCAUUCAAAGACUUCCUGGACCCGUGAAACAAUCAGUUACCAUGUAUCACCCAGAUAUCCCUCUGAUAAUGUCCUACUGACUUCAGUCUCCUCAUCUAGCAGUUAUAGUGACAACGGAUUUUCAUCGAAUGAUUUGUUAACAGUCACACAAUUACCGCGUGCUAUUUCAGGAUCUUCGUUAUCAUCACUUCCAACCCUGGUCACGCAGAAUUUACCAGCUUCCUCGAGUAAACUGACAAAUAAUUAUUUCUGGCCAGCUUCAAACAAUUUGAUGAAGAUUCUCCAUUCUUAUUCGUACACUCAUCAAGCCAGAAUUUUAUUUAUAUUGUAUGGACCAUUACAUAGAGGAAAUCUUAUGUGGCGUACAAUGUGUGAAAACACAGCUGCUGAUUCUCAACAAUUAUCUGCUUGUUUUGGCGAGCUUGGAAGUGUUUUGUCAAAUAUGUUACAUUCUGGUUUAUGGACACCUGACGAUAUCAUCAAUAUAAUUGAUCAAAUUACAAUAACACCCGAGAAUUGGUUAGCAGAAAAUGUUGCGUGUCUAUUGCAUACAUCAGGUCCAGAAAUAGCGUUACUUUCUGUGACAAAUAAAGCCCGCAGUGGAAAAACUGCUGAAGUUGCUGUUACUCUCACUUCAUUAUGCUUAGUUCAGGUGAAAAUUCGUGAAAGAUUAACAGAACUUAUUAAUCUUGUCAGCGCCACAUUUCAAGCCACAAAAGAAAAAGAUCGAACUGCUUUUCUAGAUCAGUUAGCUCGAUCUUUUCAAGAUGUUAUAGUCGAUCUGUAUGAAACUGAUGAACUAGAAGAACGAGUCGAAGAUUUUUCCACUAUACUAAGAGCACAAGCAGAGUUCAUGCGUGCGCUUAUGGCACAUAUAUACGAGGAGUGAUACAUAAAUAUCCACUUGGCAAAUUUGAUUUUACUGCGGUGUUUUCACCAAAUGUUUUUUUCAUCGUUUAACUUUGUUUCGAUGAUAAUGUCAUUAAUUUCCUUUCUGCUAUUUUAGAGUUAUGAAUGUUAGUUCAUACCCAAAAUUGUUAUUGUUGGCUUUUUCAUUUUUUUUUUUUGCACAGAUGUUGACUAAUUAUUUUUUUAACCUAUUUUGAAAUCUUUUACCUAUUAUUUUACACGUGUUACGAACGGUUCAGUUUUUUUUAUUAGGAAACACUUCUAGUUCUGAAAAAUUCUUAUUUAAUAUAAUGGAAUGUGUUUGAGACAGUAGUUGCCCCCGAUAUUGGCGACCAAGAGAAUUAAUUUCCGCUGCAAUCGAAAUCUAGUUAUCAUAGAUAUACUUUGAAAAGAAUAGACGAGAACAAUGAAGAAAUGCUUAGGAGGGACAGUUAAAUCAAGCCUCAAAUGUGGAAAAUGUGUACAACUGUGUAAGUAAUUGAUUUUCGGGCAUAACUAUAGCAAACUGCCACAGAUAUUUAUUCGAUCGGUAGAAACGGCAAAAGCACCAACCUAUAUAGCUUUUAGAUUCAUUUAACUUACCUACUUGCGAGCUCAAGGUACUGACUUCAAUUAUAUCUAGCAGUUUAACUUAAUGAAUAUUCAGAGGGUUUUGGUAGAACUCGUCUUUUAAUCCAUAUUGGCUGCAGUUUUUUGUUAUUUUAUUUGAACACAUAAAUAUUAGUACAAGA